AGUUAAAACAGCAUACUUCCAAAUAACUCUCAUCAUGAGCAUGAACUACCCAACAGCGGGUGCCACGCAGAGGUCGACGUCUUUUUUUAUAGAAGACAUCUUAUUGCACAAACCUAAGCCGCUGAGAGAAGUUAUUCAAUCGCCUUUCUGUAGCUCCGUGGCCUCACGGAUGCCGAUCCUGGAGUAUGGAUACCCACUGAUGCCAACGCCAGUAUUGGCCCCGCAUCCACACCAUCCGCUCCACAAACCAGAACAUCACCAGUACUUCUUUACAUCUGGCAUGCAGAUGCCGGCCUUGUUCCAGCACCACGCAGACUUACCCGGGAAGCACUGCAGACGCAGGAAGGCCCGGACGGUUUUCUCCGACUCGCAACUCUCCGGUCUGGAGAAGAGGUUUGAAAUCCAGCGGUACUUGUCCACACCGGAGAGAGUGGAGCUUGCCACUGCGCUCAGCCUUUCCGAAACGCAGGUGAAAACGUGGUUUCAGAACCGCCGGAUGAAGCACAAAAAGCAGCUGAGGAAAGCCCAGGAUGAGCACAAGACAGCCGGGCACUUGGAGAGAUCCGCGGAGAACACGAGCGACAACCAACUGACCGAAAAGAGCGGCGAGGAACUGAAACGUCCACUGGAGCGGGACACAUAUUUGCUGGAGGAAAACGACGACGAUGUGGAUAUCGAGGAUGAUAUUUGCUCUCCGGAUCAUCUCCUAUAGUAGGCUGCAUGGCUGUUUUGCAUACAGCCACUUGCACGUUGUAGAAGUUUGUAAAUAACGCGGACUUUAUAUUAUACUCAUUACAAAUAUUUACCAUUGAAAAAUGAACCUGUUAAAAAUUUUAACUAUUCCGUUUCAUCUCUGUAAAUCAAUUUGAAAUAUAUGAUUUGAUGGAAUCUAACACAACACUUCUCUUAUAAAUAAUGACAUUACAUUAUAUAUUUUUUUGUUUUUAAUAUCGGACCGGCGGCAAUUGACUUUUUUCCCCCACACACCGGCGAUUAGCUCUUUUCCGUAAUGGUUUCAUUUAUAAUAUAGUUUUUAAAAAAUAGAUGUUUCCCAUUUUGUCCUUGCUUGAUUUGACUUUUGGUCUUAAAUAAUUCACAGUCAUACAAAUUAUUGUGCAUAUAUUGCUAUGUAAAUUCAUUAUUAUAUCAGAAAUCCAUGUUGUGCUCCAUUAAUUCGAGCCUAUGUGUUGUUCUUUAAACUGAAGACAUUGUUUUCGUUGUUGAUUAUUUGAAGAGUUCUGAAAAAAGUACUUAACUUCGGUUGCACAUGAUUAAAAUUGUGUGUUAAUAGUAAACUGACGUAAUUUCCCCCUUUCCCUCGAAAAUAAUCAAAUAAUGUUAGUUCAACACUUUUUAUUCAUGCAUGUAGAAGUUUGCAAC